CAAAGCCAAUGUAAACAAUACGAGUAGCUUUACUUAUGAACUUAUUAGUACACGAAUAGUUGUCAGUAUUUUAGUCAGGAUGGCUCAUGUGAAGACUUAUCGCACAAAUGUGAGAAUCGGAAACUGGAAUGAAGACCUGCGCCUAGAAGAGGAUGCAAAGAAAGAGUAUCUGGAGAAGAAGAAGAGGGGUGAUCUUGUUGCCCAGAAAGUAGACUUCCUCAAACAGAACAUUUUGAGGCCGGUGAAUCUCUCUGUGACAAAUGAUGGAAGAUUGCACUUUGGGGAUGUAGUAAUGUUGGUCAACAUGGGAGGAGAAAACAGGGAGUGCAGCACAGUAAGCAUUAAUGCAGACAUUAACAGUUUGAUAAAGAUUCCUUCGCCUGGCAUUCAGGCCCCAUGUGGAAUCAGUGCAGGAAGAGGUAUUCAGCCCUGCACACGCACUGCCUUCAUAAUUACCAGUGUAGAUGGCAGUCCGGAAGGAUCGACUCUGGUUUAUGAGAAGAGUUUUGCCCUGAAAACAACAAGUGGCUUUGCCAGGGAACUUUACUUGACGAGUGACCUACAAAGUUUUCAAAAGUGUGCAAAGAAGUCCCGCCUGCAAGAGGUAAACUUGGUUGAUGAUUGCUCCUUUCUGUCAUGGUGGAAGAUAGUGCACUUUGAUCCCCAGGAAAGGCUUGAAUACGAGGGUCAACCUGUUCCUGCUAAUGUGAAGGUGUUGAUCAUACACUGCAAGACAAACCAGGCUCUUGCUGUUCUGGGCGAUCAAGUCCUUUGGACCACAUAUGGCAAAGAGCAUGAGGUGACGGCUCACACCUUCUUGGACUCCCACAAAGCUGAACAGGACAAUAACCACUGGAUACUGUGCACCUCUGACCCUGCAGGAGACGGGCUUGUUCUUCUCAGGAACCCAGAGUCAGCAGCUAACAACAAGGAGCUCACACAGUCUAACCCAGACUAAAUCUUACACAAUCCACUCUCAUGGUGAAAUACACAAAAAAGCAGAAACAUACAACAUCAUUGACAACGCCCAAACCUUUUAAAAUAAAGGCUGUUUUUUUUU